AUGAUUCACCCUCUGAUUCUCUCCGGGAUUUUACUUUACAUUUAUUCUGGAGUUAAUAGACUGAAACUUAAUAUAGCAGUGAAAUCUGGAUCAUCUGGCAUUAUUCCAUGUGUGUAUGACAAACAACAUAAAGAAAACCGCAAAUAUUUGUGUGAGGGGACAGUUUGGAGCUCUUGCCGUAUAUUGGUAUAUGCAAAUGCGACAGGAAAAUAUUCCAUCACUGAUUAUCCAGACCAGAGUAUUUUUACAGUGCGAUGGGACAGACUGGAGACCUCAGACUCUGGAUAUUACUGGUGUGCUGUGGAGAUUGGUGGUUAUGGCACCGUAGACGCUGGUUAUUAUUUGUAUCUGACGGUACAAUCAGCUCCUGAUGUGUUUGUGGUGAGCAGCAGUGUAUCUGGACAUGAAGGUGGUAAUGUCAGUGUCCAGUGUUUCUACAGUUCUGGAUAUCAGAAUAAACUCAAACAGUGGUGCAGAUAUAAAGAUGAGAGCUGUUACACAGUGGGGAGAACUGACACAUCCCAGAAUCCAUCAGUCCAGAUCAGUGAUUAUGUUAGGAGAAGAUCCUUCACUGUGCUGAUGACUGGACUGAGACUCAGUGAUUCUGGAUGGUACUUGUGCUCAGUAAGAGAUCUGCAGGUUCCUGUUCAACUCAUUGUCAAAGAAGCCAAACGUGCAUUGACAGAUAUUCCAACAGCUUCACCAUCUGACUCUGAGACAGACAUGUAG